CCAGGCUGACAGCCCCAGCCCAGCGUGGCGACGCUCUAGCCGUAGUCUCUCUAAGGCAGGCGGGUGGCCUAACAGCAGCCAGAGUGUAACUUGCACUCUCACCCCAGAGAAAGCCCUGCCGCCGAUCGUGCGGCUUGCGGGUGCUGGUCAUGGCGAGGCUCCCGGAGCUGGCCGUCUUCGACCUGGAUUACACGCUCUGGCCAUUUUGGGUGGACACGCACGUAGACCCCCCGUUCCACAAGAGCAGUGAUGGAACUGUACGAGAUAGUCGGGGCCAGACCAUCCGACUGUACCCGGAGGUGCCUGAGGUCCUGGAAAGAUUUGGGAGCCUUGGGGUGCCCGUCGCUAUCGCUUCACGGACAGGUGAGAUUAAAGGGGCCAAACAACUACUGGAGCUCUUUGACCUUGUCAGAUACUUUGUUCAUGAGGAAAUCUAUCCCGGCAGCAAGGUCACACACUUUGAGAGAUUGCAGCAGAAGACUGGAGUUCCUUUCUGCCAGAUGAUCUUCUUUGAUGAUGAAACGCGGAAUAUUGUAGACGUCAGCAAACUGGGUACUGAGUGGUGUUACCUGCAUUCUUGUCCAGAAUGGAAUGAGUCUUCAAACCCUAACUCAAGGAUUAGAGUCAUUUGCAAAGGCCCAAGCUAGACCCUGAGAUCCAGUCCUGUGGAUAAGCCUCAUUUGAGGCAUAAAACUGAAGGAAAUCAGAUAGGCAUUUUCAGGUGCAUUUGUAAAUUAUUAAAAUAUAUUUGUGUGUGACAGAAGAGAUCUUACCCACAGUGUGGGUUGUUUCUAUUCUUCUCACUUGUGUAUGGGGGUUGGCUAUCUGGAGGUGCCAAGCCCAGAGUGAAGCAUUAGACUGCCUCAGGUUCUGUCUUACAAACUUUUGGCAAACCCAAGACUGUGGUAAUCCCCGUGUGGUGAUCCCCAAUCCCUCUCCCAAGUUCUGUCAAGGGCAUGAAGAAGUAAUGUCUCCACACAUGGGACGUUAUGUGCGUUACCCUGCACAUUUCCUUCCAGGAAACAAAUACAGUUACUUUGUUUUCAGGCAGGGUGGGAG